UUGCAGCACGUCAACGUCGUCUGACGAUGACGUUCGUUGUACACUUGUAACCGUCUCAAGCUGAUUCUCGUGUAGCGUAUUAUAUCGAUGCUCUCGAGCCUCGAUAGCGAACUGCCGAUUACGUGGAUCCACUCGGAAAGAUGGAGGACGUACUGAACGAGGUCGUUUCUUCCGAAGAUUUGAAGAAAUUCGAGAACGUGUAUAACGAGCAGGUGCGUCUGUCGUACAUCACGGAAAAAGCGCAAUUCGAAUAUGCCUGGUGCCUUGUGAGAAGUAAAUACACGGCCGACAUCAGAAAAGGGAUACUGCUGUUGGAAGACCUGUAUAGCAAACAGAGUGAAACGGAGAGGCGUGAUUGCCUGUAUUACUUGGCAAUUGGAAAUGCCCGAAUAAAGGAAUACACAAAGGCAUUGUCGUACGUCAGAGCAUUCCUCCAGAUCGAGCCUGCGAACGUGCAAGUGCAGCAGCUGGAGACGCUGAUAAAGAAGAAAAUGGAAAAAGAGGGCCUUGUCGGUAUUGCUGUUGCGGGAGGUGUAAUUAUCGGGCUCGCAAGUAUUCUGGGCCUGGGCAUUGCGAUGGCCAAAAAAUAGUUACUCGAGUGAGAGAAUUGUAACAACAAAUGCGAUUGUGAGGUAGCUUGUUUUGCGCGAAGUAAUGUAACUUGCCGUUUUUCAGAUUCUGGAUAAAUCGUAAAAGCCGAAAAAUGAAUGUGCUGGAACUUUGACCAAAUAAAAAAAAAGUGUAAUUUAUGACAUUUUUCUAAUAACCACAAAACAAAGAGAAUAAAAGAGCGGAAAAGUAAGCUUAGUCGUGGAACUGCUUACAUUGCAAUCUGUUUCCUUAUCUCCGAUGUAUUUGCGCAAACGUUAUCUUUUUUUUUGCGUUCUGUAUGAGUAUUAAAAAUAUCUACUAAAGAAUCAGAUAAGUUUAAUUUUUUGUACAUUCCAAAGUUGCAUGCGAUUAUUUUUCAGAUUGCACAUAAUGUCACAUAAAAUAUGAUGGUUAUAAGUUAUGUACGGAUAUCUAAAAUCUUUUUUAACUUACGUGAGUGUGUUUAAGCAUUAUGUCAAAAAGUGAUAAUAUAUAAAGCAUAAUAAUAUAUAAAGUUUUUGUAUAUAAUUAAGGGAAAACGUUGUACGUCAAGUUUGUGUUACUGAAUUGUUUUAAUAGAAAUCAAUGUUGGAAACCA